AUGACUAUGUUUAUUCCACUGCUGCUGCUGAUCUGCUCUUUCUCCACGGCUCAGCUUCAAGAGGAGCCUCACAAUGAAAUGAUUCCACAUGGAAAACAGACUGAAUCCAGGGGAGGAGAACCAGCAAAUGCCCCUGAUCACCAACCAGCCUGUCCACAAGACAUUCAUGCUGUGCUGAGAGACAUGAGUGCCUUGUUGGCUGAACAGAGGGUGGAGAUCAGGCAGCUACAGAGAGAUAAUGAAGCACAAAAGACUGAGGCAAACAACUUGAAGCAGGAGAUCCGUCACUUACAGAGAGAUAAUGAAGCACAGGCAGCAAAGCUGGAGGGGCAGAAGACUGAGAUGGACAACUUGAAGCAGGAGAUCAGUCACUUACAGAGAGAUAAUGAAGCACAGGCAGCAAAGCUGGAGGGGCAGAAGACUGAGUUGGACAACUUGAAGCAGGAGAUCAGUCACUUACAGAGAGAUAAUGAAGCACAUGCAGCUGAACUGAUCACCAUUCAAGCCAGGACAAAUGUCACAGAAAACGAGGUGGAGACUCUGAAGAGAGAUGGAGAAGCCAAACAGGUGGCUUUCUCUGCCUCUCUGUUGGCUUCAGGUUCAGGAGAAGUUGGACCGUUUAACACACACACUCUUCUAGUCUUCAGAUACGUUGUCACAAACAUUGGAAACGCCUACAACCCAAACACAGGGUUUUUCAUUGCACCAGUGAGAGGAGCCUACCACUUUGAGUUGUACAUAGGUACACAUGGACACAAUUCAUAUCCUUCAGCUGCUUGGUUGGUCAAGAAUGGAGAAAAUAUUUGUGUUGCAUAUGAACAUCAAAGUAACGGUUAUGGGACGUCUGCCAAUGGUGCCACACUGCUUCUAGAGGUUGGAGAUGUUGUGUUUUUGCGUCUGUGGGAAAACCACAGAAUAUAUGACAAUGAAAAUCAUCACAGCACCUUCAGUGGUCAUCUGCUUUUCACCAUGUGAGAAAGAAACAGUCCUUUUUCUUCACACACUGUAGCAGUGUACCAGUCUUUGUUGAUAGAAGCUGUUUAAUGAGAAGAGAUUUGUGAAUUUUCAUCUGCUUCUGGAUUUGC